GCGACUAACUUCUCGUCGUGCGAUAACAGGAACCGCGCUUUGUCAUUCUCUGCGUGGUGGUUUCCGCGAUUUUGACGCGAAAUAGCUCCGAAUAAGAGCGAUAUUCGAUCGGAAAAGGUAAACCGCGAAUACCAACGUCGAGAAUUGAUCGACAGCUUCCCAAGUUGGAACGUACGAGCGUGGCGUGUGUGACGAAUCUUGCCAACUAUUUCCGGCGGCUUGGCGCCUCCGGUCGCGAGGUGACGUUUACUGUUUGCCGUGGUUUUGCUGGGUGUGUUGCUGCCAAAGUCGGCGGGGCGAGAGCGCGAGAUUUCGUCAUCGUCGGUUUCGUGGCGAGCGACUUCCUUUUGAAGAUUCUGCGCGACUUGAGUGCUUCUCCGCUUGCGCUCCGAUUGCGAAAAAGAUGGGCCUCACGAUCAGCAGUUUGCUCACUCGGCUGUUUGGCAAGAAGCAGAUGCGGAUAUUGAUGGUGGGUUUGGACGCCGCCGGUAAGACCACCAUACUUUACAAAUUGAAACUCGGCGAGAUUGUCACCACCAUACCCACGAUCGGCUUUAACGUCGAGACGGUCGAGUAUAGGAAUAUCUGCUUCACCGUAUGGGACGUGGGUGGUCAGGACAAGAUCCGGCCACUUUGGAGGCACUACUUUCAAAAUACUCAGGGUCUCAUCUACGUGGUAGACAGUAACGACCGCGAACGUAUCGGCGAGGCGGAACGCGAAUUGGCAAACAUGUUGAAGGAGGAUGAGUUACGGGACGCGGUACUAUUGGUGUUCGCCAACAAGCAAGAUCUACCCAAUGCUAUGACUGCUGCCGAGCUCACGGAUAAGCUAGGCCUAAAUUCAUUGCGAGGACGUCAUUGGUACAUACAGAGUACUUGUGCCACGCAGGGACAUGGAUUGUACGAAGGUCUGGACUGGUUGAGUAACGAGCUAGCCAAAAAGUGAUAGCGCCUCACUGUAUUCCUCACUGGUAUCCUUAAGGACAACUUACUCAUCCAAUAUGGACGUAGAAUAGGCAAAAGUCACUCAGCAAUUUCCAUUUUCAAUCAAAUUGUAUCAUCUAUAACAGUAUAGUACCAGUCACAUGUACAGUUUAACAUUCGCUGUGAUUUUAAUUGCUUACAGAAAUUGAUGCAAAUGCAAACAGAAAAGAUUAGAACGAUCUGUCGACUUUUUUACCUCUUAGGUACAGUAAAAUUCAUGUGAAAUGUGUUCCAAAAGCAAAACUUGUUUCACAGAAAAGAAAUGUGUGAAAGCAUUAAGACAUAAUAGAUGUUCUUGCAUCAUUUAUAAGAUUAUACAUAAAGGUUGUACAUAAUUCUAAGUUCCUUCAUAUAUACUUAUCAUUAGGUCAAUUCUAAUUCUGGUUUUUGAUACAUCGAGUGACAAAGUCUCUAUCAACAGAUUUAAAUGCGAAAAAUUUAUUUAUUUAUGUUAUAUUAAACAUAUGAAAAAAUUAUUGGAUCACAAUUUAUUUUUUAUGUUUUGAUCUACGUCCAUACUAUUCAUUAGAAAUGAGAUGUAUUAUGUGAUGUUAUAUACACAGGUCGUUUGCACUCUAUCCUGUUCUAACAGAUAAGUAAAUUUUUGAGAUAAAUAAUUACUAGUUUAUAAGGCUUAUAGAUAAGUACUUGAUUAAAAGAAAAGAAAUAAAACUUAAUGAUGGUUUUUGAGCUGCAACUCUCAUUUUUAAUAAAAAUAGACAUUUAAAAACUGUAAGCAGCGAGUUUAAAAGUCACAAUAAACCCUGAAAAUAUAGAAAGGAUAUAUAAGUUAAUCAGUUUUUUCACCUUGUGAAGUUAAAAAAAAAUGGACAGUUUUCUUUUCUCCAUUAAUGUUCAAUAACAAAAAAAAAA